AUGUUGGCGCAGGAAGAUGGAGAUCGAGCUCUAGAUCUAGCUCUAGCUCUAGAUCGAGCGCUAGCUCGAGCUCGAGCUCUAGCUCUAGCUCUAGCUCUAGCUCUAGCUCUAGCUCUAGCUCUAGCUCUAGCUCUAGCUCUAGAUCUAGCUCUAGCUCUAGCGCUAGCGCUAGCUCUAGCGCGAGCGCUAGAUCUAGCUCGAGCGCUAGAGCUAGAGCUAGCUCUAGAGCGAGCUCUAGCGCUAGAUCUAGAGCUAGCGCUAGCGCUAGAGCUAGAGCUAGAGCUAGAGCUAGCGCUAGAGCUAGAGCUAGAGCUAGAUCUAGAGCUAGAGCUAGAGCUAGAGCUAGAGCUAGAGCUAGAGCUAGAGCUAGAGCUAGAGCUAGAGCUAGAGCUAGAGCUAGAGCUAGAGCUAGAUCUAGAGCUAGAGCUAGAGCUAGAGCUAGAGCUAGAGCUAGAGCUAGAGCUAGAGCUAGAGCUAGAGCUAGAGCUAGAGCUAGAGCUAGAGCUAGAGCUAGAGCUAGAGCUAGAGCUAGAGCUAGAGCUAGAGCUAGAGCUAGAGCUAGAGCUAGAGCUAGAGCUAGAGCUAGAGCUAGAGCUAGAGCUAGAGCUAGAGCUAGAGCUAGAGCUAGAGCUAGAGCUAGAGCUAGAGCUAGAGCUAGAGCUAGAGCUAGAGCUAGAGUUAGAGCUAGAGCUAGAGUCUAGAGCUAGAGCUAGAGCUAGAGCUAGAUCUAGAGUCUAG